AUGUAUUCGCAAAAUCCUACCAGUUUUAUACAAGCACACAUGGGCUUGCUGCGCUUUGUGUACUGUAGUGUAUUAUCAGGCUUUCGUCAAAAGUUAAUCAGGCCACUUCAACUUUUGCUGAGUCCAUCACCACCAUCAUCUCUUCAACAAAAAUCAUCCACUAAACCUUUAAGAAGUCCAACGUUGUUGAGUAAUAGUGCAUUACCAGAAAUAACCAUCACAUCGUUUAAUUUAUCCACUAAUGAAUCAUCUGUGUGUCAAAAUAAAACCGUUUGUCAAAAAAAAUUAGUCAACAGUACUGCAAAAACUGACUUAAAAAUAUCUUCACCACCUCUUAUUAGUAGUCGUCAUCUAUUCACAACAUCUUCAUUUAAUGAUUCUUUAAUGUUAAGUAAAAAAGAGUUAACAACAGUCGUUGAUACUGAUCGUCAUUCGAGUUCAUUAGACAGUGGUUACGAUCGAUCAGAUUCACAAAGUAUAGUAUCCGGUUUAUCAACAGUACCAAAUUCGUCGUCAGUACGCUCGUCGGCACGUAUAACAAAUUCAAGUUCGCUUGCAUGUAACAAAAAGAAAGUGUCAUUUGGUGAUGAACUACUUAAUUAUCUCUAG